CUUGGCUUGGGCCUCCUGUUCCUACCCCAUCACUGCCCUUGACAAAGGAUUGGUGUUGGGAAAGGACCUGGAAGUGCCCUGGGACCUGGGAAACAUUUAGCUCAAGAAGACCUUGGAGCAACAUGAUCUCUGUCCUCAGAUGUCUGGGGACAGUCAUUGAGCAAGCACAGGGAAGUCAGCUUGUUCUUUCCAGCAGCGCUGGAAGACAGUCAACCUGUGGGGGGGGGCUGCAAGGGGACAGGCCGCAGCCCUGCAGGAGGCCGUGCUCCGCAAUGGCUGCUCUAAGCUGCAUGGGUCAGACAGCUUCCUGUCUCGGGAGGCCACAGGGCAGGGAAGCUGCAGAGGGCAUGUGGCCUUGGGUAGGGCAGCUGCCUUUCACUCAUGCCCCUCCCAAGCAGAGGAGGGAAGGGUUUUAGUGAGAAUUCUAGCUCUGCCUCUUUGACUUUACCAAGUCAGGAUCUGCCUCUUAAAGGAGCAGAGAAAACCGUCACAGAUCCCCUCCACACCCAGCCCCCUACCACUGACAGAGCCCAAGUGAGAUCUGAGUCUUAGCCCUUCAGAUUUGCUGACUGGCCUUGGCCCAUGCCUCCCUGUGCUGCAGCUUUAUUGGCAAAAUGAAUUUGAUGGUAUCUGUAUCCCCUGCCCAGCCCUAACCUGUUUCUCUGAGGCUGGUCUCCCUACGGGGCUGCAGCAGCAAAGGGAAGCCGAGCCUUACGGAGGCCUCAUGGAAGGGCCCAGAACAUCCUGCACCCAUCAGUUACUCAGAAGUAAGGGGACAAGAAGCAGCUGGAAGAGAGCUGGGUGUGGGGGCUGGGAGGAGUGCUGGAGAAAUUUCCCCAUCAGAACUGCACCAGCCACCUGGGGCCCUUACUGGGCAGUGGAGGCAGGGCAGUGUGGUAGGACUGAUUCAACAGACCUAGUUGUGUCUCCACCUUGCCCUUCUCGGGUUGUGUGACCCCAGCCACAUGGACACCCGACUCUGUGAACUAAAGGGCUGGGCCGUGGCAUUAACGGUGGAGGGUGUCCAGGUUCUUGGUGUCUUGAACAAAGAAUUGGGCAAAAUGCACAAAGCAAGGAAGGAAUGAAGGGUUUUACUGAGAAUGAACGUAUACUCCACAGCGCGGGAGAGGGCCUGAGCAUAGGGACUCAAGCAGCCCGUUACAGAAUUUUUGGGAGUAAAUACCCCCUAGAGGAUUCCACUGGUUACCUGAGGUACACCCUAUGUAAAUGGAAAGGAUGAAGUAAAUUUACAAAUUCAUUUACAGCAUAUACCAUAUGGGGAGGAUAUUUCCUGUUAUAGCUGAAGCGUGAAUUGGCCUUAUGUUCCCUGCCUCCAGACCCUAUUUUCCUGCAUCAAUGGGAAAGGGUCAGAUUCACUGGCUCAGCUGUUUAACCUGUCCUGGUGUCAGCAGCUGGAGCUGGGCGUCAGGACCAGCCCACAAGCUCUUCCCUGCCGGGAGGACCAGGCCAGUUGCUGUCCUCUUCAUGCUGGAGAGUGGUUGUGGUUGCUGACUUAGCAGAGAAGGUGCUUAGCUUUCCCCUUAACUGGAGAAAAAACUUUCUAAGAACCAGGCCUGGUUGGCAGCAGACCUAGCUUUCUUGGGGUGUCAGGGAGGUUAAAGGAUACCUCAGAACAGUCAGCGGUGGGUCCAGCUUCGGCUGGAGGUUCUUUCUACUGAAUAACUUCUAUGGGCUCUGUCAUUAGCAGGAUUUGUAUAAUUUGAAGCAGAGCUGGGCAACUGCAGAGCAAUGGGGAAGGCAGCCCAGUGUGGUGGCGAGACCUGGGCAACUUGGGACCAGCCUGGGCUGUCUCUUGCCAGCUGUUGUUAUCAGAACCAGGCUCUUCACACUCAGAUCCUUGGGCCCCCCAUCUCAGAAUGCCCGGUGGUUGAAAAGAUGAAACCUGGAAUUUAAGUGACUUCUCAGUGAUGUGUGCCCUUCUCUGAUGGUUCCUUGUUCAUCCCAUAUAUUUACUGACUGCCUGCUGUAUGCAGAGCCAAAGAGUGGGGCCUGGUCUUAACUAUCUCCUCAUCUGCCCCUUCUGGCACCUCCUUCCUCCUGGGCUCUUUCCUCUAAUACUGUCAUCCUCUCUCCAUCCUGGUUAAUCCUGUCCUUUCUGCCCUCAAAUGGGCACCUUCAAAGAAACAAACAGAACUACUCCACUCGCUCCCUCUCUCCCUCCCUUUACUGCCACUGUUGAUUGUUACAGUCACUUGCUCCAGGAAGUCCACUUUCUGAGUCUUACUGCAGACAGAGCCCACCCCCUGAGCUGUAAAGGCCCUAGGGCACAUGUUUGUCCAGCCGCCUCUUGCAGCUGGGAUUGUUAGGUCACUAUAGCACUACCAACUGCAUAUACCACUCUGGGAGUUGUGCUGGUGGCGGCAGUGGUCACAGGUGCCAGGGGCAGCAGUGAAGGGGUGGCUCUAAUGCCAAGUCCAGUGACCAGUGCCAGGGUGCCCAGUGGUGGCAACAGUGGUGUUUUCAGUGUGAUCUUGGACAUUGCUCCUGUCUACUCAGCUGCUAGGCCCAGUCUUUGGAACCACUGGGGAGUCCGUGAGCUCCCUGAUAUCCUUUAAGGCAGCGUUUUCCAGCAGUGGCACUAUUAACGUUUGGGGCUAGAUAAUUGUUUGGUGUGUGUGUGUGAGGAGGGCUGUCCUGUGCGUUGUAGGCUAUUUUAACAGCAUCCCUAGCCUCUCCCUACCAGGUGCCUGUAGCAGUCCCCCAGUUAUGACAACCAAAAAUGUUUCCAGACAUUGCCAGAUGUCCACUGGGAGGGAAAACCUCCCUGGUCCACAGCGCUUCUUAUUCCAGUCCCACAUCUUCCUCCCCUUCCCCAUCACUGUCCUCAGAGAGAUGCUGUUGACAGCUCCUUGAGGUGAUUCUCUCAGGCUUGUUGUUGUAGUUCUCUGCUGUCAAGUCUGAGCCUACUGUCUCUUCCGGAUUCUUCUUUCCUCACCUGCCCCCAUUUGCAUGAAGUUUUUUAUGGAGCUGUUUCUAUUUUGUUUUUGGGCAGCCAUACUCUCUAAGACCUAAAAGCUGAAUACUCGCCCUGUUACUACCUGAUAAUUCUCAUCGCUUAUGUUUCCAAAACCAAACUUGUUAUUUCCCUCUCUAACCCCAUCUCUGUCAAACAGUGGAGUACAUGCUUUUGGUUAAUCCAAUUGGAAGGCUUCCUAGAGGAAGUAAUAUCUGAACUGAAUCCUGAAAGAUUAGGGGAAGAGGAAGAAAAGGAAAGGUGCUGUGGACAAAAGGGGAAAGUGUCAGAGGAAGUAAAUGAAAAACCAUGUAUAAAAUUAUCUUCUGUGACCCGUAGCAGGUGCCCAAUCCAUGGUAGAUAUUGAAACAUAGUGGUUACCUAGUCUAAUCCAUCCCUUUUCUUUCUUUCUUUUUUCUUUUUUUUUGAGACAAGUCUCACUCUGUUGCCUGCCUGGAGUGCAGUGGUGCGAUCUCCGCUCACUGCAACCCCCGCCUCCCGGGUUCAAGUGAUUCUUCUGCCUCAGCCUCCUGAGUAGCUAGGACUACAGGCGCUUGCCACCACGACCAGCUAAUUUUUGUAUUUUCAGUAGAGAUGGGUUUCACCAUAUUGGCCAGGAUGGUCUCGAUCUCUUGACUUCGUGAUCUGCCUGCCUCGGCCUCCUAAAGUGCUGGGAUUACAGGCGUAAGCAACUGCGCCAGGCUGUCCAUCCCUUUUCAGAUGAAGAGCUCAGGUCCUGAGGAGUGACUUGUCAAAAGCUGCUCUACCUCUCAGAGCCAGCCCUUGUCCUCCUGCUAGCCAGAGCAAGGUACCACCUGGAAGAGAUGUUCAGUUACAUGGGAUCCAGGGCGAGAGGGAAAAUAUCAGUGCUUCCUGAGGUUCCGGUCCAGCCACCAUUCUUCCACCAUUUCUACUGAGCCUUCACUUGUACCCCUUCAGUACACUUGGCGAGGCAUCACGGCCUCUGGGCAGGUUCAGUGCGAACCUAUGGGAACAGGUGUUGUGUGCCACCUCUGGAGGGGGUUACUGAGGUUCUGGGUUGUGGGGGGUGCCCUGGGCCAGAGUGAGUUGUAUGGGAGUUGUUGCUGAAUCCCCCCAGAGUACCAGUCACACACCAGUGUGAGGGGCCUUGCAAGAGCCACUGGGCAGCACAGUUGAAGGUGGCACCUUCCUGCUCAGUGCCGGGUCCAGAGCAGGGUUUAGUUUUCUGUGUCUUUCAGGGUGAGACUGGUGUAUUCUAUACCAGCCUCCCUAUGUGUGAACAAUGACGAGAACAAUCUUGUUUUCUCAAAAAAUAAGACACUAUCUAUUUCUCAGUUAUACACUUUCAUUAUAAAACAUAAUUUAAGCAAUACUGAAAUGCCAAAAAGAAAGUAAAAUUCACCCCAAAUCUCACUACUCCUGUAACUAUGUCUGACAGCCAGCUGUUGGGUCUUCCAUCGUUUUUAACCUUCAGGUGAGCACACAGAUCCUUAUUUUUUCUUUUCUUUUUUUUUUUUGAGACGGAGUCUCCUUCUGUUGCCCAGGCUGGAGUGCAAUGGCACGAUCUCUGCUCACUGCAACUGCCGCCUCCCGGGUUCAAGCGAUUCUCCUGCCUCAGCUUCCUGAGUAGCUGGGAUUACAGGCAUGCACCAUCACGCCUGGCUAAUUUUUGUAUUUUUAGUAGAGACAGCGUUUCACCAAGCUGGCCAAGCUGGUCUCCAACUCCUCACCUCAAAUGAUCUGCGCACCUAGGCCUCCUAAAGUGCUGGGAUUACCGGCGUGGGCCACCACGCCUGGCCAGAUCCUUAUUUUUUCAAUUACAAUACAGCAGUAUGCAAGGCAAUUACUGUAUGCCAAAGCUUAUGCCCAGAGCUGGCUGCCAGCAGCUCCUCCUGCCUCAAGGCCUUUGUCCAUGUCAUCAUUUCCCCUUUGGCUAUAACAGCGGCAGUUCUCUCAUAAUUUUAGGUUUCAUCUUAAAUGUCACUUCUUCAGCAUCUUCUUGACAGCACAAGUCAGGGCCCUUGUUAGUUUCAUCACAUCCAUUACCUUUCCUUGAUCACUUGUACCAUCAUCUGUAAUUUAUUUUUAUGUUUAAUACGGGUUUGGGAUUUCUGAUUUUUUUUUUUUUUUUUUUUUUUUUUUUGCUAGACUGGAAGCUCUCAGAGGGCAGGAACCAUUUGUUUCCCUGCCACAGAAAUGUUCAAUAAAUAUUGUCAAUUGAAUGUGCAAAUAAUCUCACUUAACCACAGCUAUGAGAGAUGCUAUUUUAUCCCCAUUUUAGAGAUGACGAAACUGAGGCUUAGAACAAUUAAACAGCCCAAGGUCACACAGUGAAUUAGUGGAUCCAUGUGUCUGCCUCCACACAGCCUGUGUGUUCUUAAUUAUUGAUCACUAAGCAACAGCUGCCUCUCACAAACUGGCAGGAAACUUACUUUUCCCCUUUAUCAAUAUAUUGUGAAUGCCUUUUCUUGCUAAUAAAUAUACAUUUGUGUGCGUAAUUUUUAAUGAUCCCAUGGUAUUCCAUCGUGUGGAUGUAAUUUACAUAUUCAUUUCCUUAUUCUCACUUCUUCCUAGUUACAGCACUUCUUCAAGCACUUGUAAUUUUUAUUCCUUAGGAUAAAUUCCUAGAAGUUUACAACACGACCAGCUGCAAGAUGGGGCAGUGAGGUGCUUGAAGGAGUGGGUGGGCUGCGCUUCAGAAUCCCGGUGGAACUUUUUCAAAAAACUCGUGCCCGGGGCCCCCCUCUCAGGAGGCCGUAGGUGGGCCUGGGCACUGGCGUGGUUUUCAGGUCCUCAAUGGUUCCAAGGUGCCAGGGAUUGAGGACCACUGCAGUAAGCGCGAGGUCACGGCGGGUGCAAAGCAGCAGACGUAAAAUCCUGACCGCCCUGGGACAAUCUGCAACCUUGUCAAGCCUCCGUGCCCGCCUUUGUAAGGAGGCUGGCAGAAGCGGGACUUGGAUGACCCUCACUCCCGUCCCGAGCGCUGGGGUCCAGGUUUGACUCCGCUGGCUUUCUCAGGCGGGCAGGGCGGGGGUAGGCAGCUGGGAAGAUGACGUAAUGUACUCCCAGCCAGGGCUGGAGGCGGCAGGCGGUCGCAGGUGGAGGAUGGCCUGUUAACCCUUCACUCCCAGGCCAGUGGACGGACUUGCGUGUGGCGCAGAUCCAACGGAGAAGGCAGCGGCUCCUUUAAACAAGGCGGAGGAGGUUAAGAUGAUGACCGGACAGCUACUCCAGGCAUUCGCUCCGAGGCCGCGGGGGGAGGGACCUCACUAUGCAAAUCUGAGCUGCUGAUCGAUGACGCGCCAUCACCCCACGCGCCGCCUCGCUCGCCGAUUGGCUGAGAUGAGCCUGGUCCCAUUGACAACAAACAGGGGGGCGCGCUGCUUGGAGGCGGGGCCGCAGGGGGCGCGGGCUCGGGCGGGGGAAUCCCGCCCCGCCCUUUCCGUGCGGCGCCCGGGCGCAACGCAAACAUGGCGGCGGGUGGAACCCGUCGGUGAGGCGGUACCGGGCGGGGGUUGUCGGGUGUCAUGGGCGGUGGCGACGGCACCGCCCCCGCGUCUCCCUGAGCAGCACGGCAGGGGGGCUUCUGCGCUGAGCCGGGCGAUGGACGAGAGCGGCGAGCUGGGCGGUCUGGAGACCAUGGAGACCCUCACGGAGCUGGGCGACGAGCUGACCCUGGGGGACAUCGACGAGAUGCUGCAAUUUGUCAGUAAUCAAGUGGGAGAGUUCCCUGACUUGUUUUCAGAACAGCUGUGUAGCUCCUUUCCUGGCAGUGGUGGUAGUGGUAGCAGCAGCAGCAGCAGUGGCGGCAGCAGCAGCAGCAGCGGCAGCAAUGGCAGGGGCAGCAGCAGCGGAGCUGUGGACCCUUUGAUGCAGCGGUCAUUCACCCAGGUCACAUUACCUUCCUUCUCUCCCUCGGCGGCCUCCCCACAGGCUCCAACCCUGCAGGUCAAGGUUUCUCCCACCUCAGUUCCCCCCACACCCAGGGCAACUCCUGUUCUUCAGCCCCGCCCCCAGCCCCAGCCUCAACCUCAAGCUCAGCUGCAACAACAGACGGUAAUGAUCACCCCAACAUUCAGCACCGCUCCGCAGACGAGGAUCAUCCAGCAGCCUUUGAUAUACCAGAAUGCAGCUACUAGCUUUCAAGUCCUUCAGCCUCAAGUCCAAAGCCUGGUGACAUCCUCCCAGGUACAGCCGGUCACCAUUCAGCAGCAGGUGCAGACAGUACAGGCCCAGCGGGUGCUGACACAAACGGCCAAUGGCACACUGCAGACCCUUGCCCCGGCUACGGUGCAGACAGUUGCUGCGCCACAGGUGCAGCAGGUCCCGGUCCUGGUCCAGCCUCAGAUCAUCAAGACAGAUUCCCUUGUUUUGACCACGCUGAAGACAGAUGGCAGCCCUGUUAUGGCUGCGGUCCAGAACCCGGCCCUCACCGCUCUCACCACCCCUAUCCAGACGGCUGCCCUUCAAGUACCAACCCUGGUGGGCAGCAGUGGGACCAUUCUGACCACAAUGCCUGUAAUGAUGGGGCAAGAGAAAGUGCCCAUUAAGCAGGUACCUGGGGGAGUCAAGCAGCUUGAGCCCCCCAAAGAAGGAGAAAGGCGGACAACCCACAAUAUCAUUGAGAAACGAUAUCGCUCCUCCAUCAAUGACAAAAUCAUCGAAUUGAAAGACCUGGUCAUGGGGACAGACGCCAAGAUGCACAAGUCUGGCGUUCUGAGGAAGGCCAUUGAUUACAUCAAAUACUUGCAGCAGGUCAAUCAUAAACUGCGCCAGGAGAACAUGGUGCUGAAGCUGGCAAAUCAAAAGAACAAGCUUCUAAAGGGCAUCGACCUAGGCAGUCUGGUGGACAAUGAGGUGGACCUGAAGAUUGAGGACUUUAAUCAGAAUGUCCUUCUGAUGUCCCCCCCAGCCUCUGACUCAGGGUCCCAGGCUGGCUUCUCUCCCUACUCCAUUGACUCUGAGCCAGGAAGCCCUCUGUUGGAUGAUGCAAAGGUCAAAGAUGAGCCAGACUCUCCUCCUGUGGCGCUGGGCAUGGUAGACCGCUCACGGAUUCUUCUGUGUGUCCUCACCUUCCUGUACCUCUCCUUUAACCCCCUGACUUCCCUGCUGCAGUGGGGAGGGGCCCACGACUCUGACCAGCACCCACACUCAGGCUCUGGCCGCAGUGUCCUGUCAUUCGAGUCAGGUUCUGGGGGCUGGUUUGACUGGAUGAUGCCUACUCUUCUCUUAUGGCUGGUAAAUGGUGUGAUUGUCCUGAGCGUCUUUGUGAAGCUGCUGGUUCAUGGGGAGCCAGUGAUCCGGCCACACUCGCGCUCCUCGGUCACCUUCUGGAGGCACCGGAAACAGGCAGACCUGGAUCUCGCCAGAGGAGAUUUUGCAGCUGCUGCCGCCAACCUACAAACCUGCCUGGCAGUUUUGGGCCGGGCACUGCCCACUUCCCGCCUGGACCUGGCCUGCAGCCUCUCCUGGAACGUGAUCCGCUACAGCCUGCAGAAGCUACACCUGGUGCGCUGGCUGCUCAAGAAAGUCUUCCAGUGCCGGCGGGCCACGCCAGCCACUGAGGCGGGCUUUGAAGAUGAAGCUAAGACCAGCGCCCGGGAUGCGGCUCUGGCCUAUCACCGGCUGCACCAGCUGCACAUCACAGGGAAGCUUCCUGCAGGAUCCGCCUGUUCCGAUGUACACAUGGCGUUGUGUGCCGUGAACCUGGCUGAAUGUGCAGAGGAGAAGAUCCCACCGAGCACACUGGUUGAGAUCCAUCUGACUGCUGCCAUGGGGCUCAAGACCCGGUGUGGAGGCAAGCUGGGCUUCCUGGCCAGCUACUUCCUCAGCCGAGCCCAGAGCCUGUGUGGCCCCGAGCACAGUGCUGUUCCUGACUCCCUGCGCUGGCUCUGCCACCCCCUGGGCCAGAAGUUUUUCAUGGAGCGGAGCUGGUCUGUGAAGUCAGCUGCCAAGGAGAGUCUAUACUGUGCCCAGAGGAACCCAGCGGACCCCAUUGCGCAGGUCCACCAGGCCUUCUGCAAGAACCUGCUGGAGCGAGCUAUAGAGUCCUUGGUGAAACCUCAGGCCAAGAAGAAGGCUGGAGACCAGGAAGAAGAGAGCUGUGAAUUCUCCAGUGCUCUGGAGUACUUGAAAUUACUUCAUUCUUUUGUGGACUCUGUGGGGAUUGUGAGCCCCCCACUCUCCAGCAGCUCCGUGCUCAAGUCCGCCCUGGGUCCAGACAUCAUCUGUCGGUGGUGGACGUCUGCAAUCACUGUGGCCAUCAGCUGGCUCCAGGGAGACGAUGCAGCUGUGCGCUCUCAUUUUACCAAAGUGGAAAGCGUCCCCAAGGCCCUGGAAGUGACAGAGAGCCCCCUGGUGAAGGCCGUCUUCCAUGCCUGCAGAGCCAUGCAUGCGUCACUCCCUGGGAAAGCAGAUGGGCAGCAGAGUUCCUUCUGCCAUUGUGAGAGGGCCAGCGGCCACCUAUGGAGCAGCCUCAACGUCAGCGGGGCCACCUCUGACCCUGUCCUCAACCACGUGGUCCAGCUGCUCACCUGUGACCUGCUACUGUCACUACGGACAACGCUCUGGCAAAAACAGGCCAGUGCCAGCCAGGCUGUGGGGGAGACCUACCACGCAUCAGGCGCUGAACUGGCGGGCUUCCAACGGGACCUGGGCAGCCUGCGCAGGCUGGCACACAGCUUCCGCCCAGCGUACCGCAAGGUGUUCCUGCAUGAAGCCACCGUGCGCCUGAUGGCAGGAGCCAGCCCCACCCGCACCCACCAGCUGCUGGAACACAGCCUGCGGCGGCGCACCACACAGAGCACCAAGCACGGAGAGGUGGAUGCCUGGCCCGGCCAGCGAGAGCGGGCCACCGCCAUCCUGCUGGCCUGCCGCCACCUGCCCCUCUCCUUCCUCUCCUCCCCGGGCCAGCGGGCAGUGCUGCUGGCCGAAGCUGCCCGCACCCUGGAGAAGGUGGGCGACCGGCGCUCCUGCAACGACUGCCAGCAGAUGAUUGUUAAGCUGGGUGGUGGCACUGCCAUUGCCGCCUCCUGACCACCAGGCUCAGCCCACCCCUCCUCCUCUCUCUCGGUUUCUCUCUCUCCCUGCCAGCAUCUUCCCGCUGAGAGUGGUGGGGAGGAGCCUUGUCUUCUUAGCUGUCACCUGCCGAGGCUUCUGGGCCACUCAGGCCAGUGCACCCCUGGGCAGAGCCCCUUAAAGCUGCUGUCACUAGAUGCCCAUGGUCCAGGGCCUGGUGGGCGUGAGAGGAAAGGUGGCAGGGCAGAAACUGGGCAGCCCUGACUUGAUAGCAGCAGGGGGAGCUCCCAAGCUGCCAAGCCCCUGCCUCCAGCCUUCCUGAGUUUCUCUCUCCUGAACCCUACUCUCUCCUUUUUGCUUCCUCAGUUUUUAUCAGGCUUUCUCUGGAGGACAGCAGUCUCUGAGCACCAGGGAGCAGUUCCCCUCAAGGCCUGUGCCCAGCAUGCCCUCCCCUUUUUAUACGAAUGUUUUCUACCAGUGUGCUUGGGUUUGCCAUGAUGCGAGGCUGAGUUGCUGUAGCGUCUUGAUUCUCUCCCUGGGUCUGCUUUCCCUCCCCUGGGCCUGACUGAGCCUGCUCAUUGUUUUUCCCUUUAUUACACAGGACAGCCAGGGGAGGAGGGGGGCCCAGCCCUGGGAGGCUGGUGGGAGGCAGGGGGCAGGCCUGCGGAUGGAUGAAAUGUUGGCAUUAUUUUUUAAUUUUUUAAAAAAUAAAUGGUAUCUUAUUUAAUUGUCCUGUUCCUUCCCACUCCCCGCCUCCUAGGAUAUCAGCCCAAGCUCAGGGUAGGCCCAGGGGGCUGGGAGAAAUGAAGCCACCCAUUGGGACUGGGGACCAGGGGCCUUCAGCAUGGCUUCUAGGUUCCCUUCUCCCCCUACCCCAACUCCUACCUCCACAGUACAGACUGUCCCCAGCUUAACAGUGGUUCAACUUAAACCAUGUUUCAACUUUACAAUUGGUCUGUUGGGGUAUUAAAUGAAUUUUUGACUUAGGAUAUUUUCAUUUAUGAUGGGUUUAUCAGGAAGUAACCCCAUGGUAAGUUGAGGCAUAUCUGUAUAUUUUUAUCCCUAAUUCUUGAGCUGAAAAUAAACUAGGAUGGCAGGGACCAACCCCUAAUCCCUCCCCAGUGGCACGCCCCUCUUUUCAGAGUGGGCAGAGGGUUGCCUAUGGUGGGCACUAGGAAUGAGGUCCCCUGCCUCGAUGCGGGUCCUAGGAGAAAAAGUCUUACUUUUCUGGGCCCCCAGGUGCAGCACCUCCCAGAGACUGUUUCUCCCAUGGCCUACUGAGUGACGGGCCCUGCCUCCUUGUGCCUCAUCCUCAGGCUGGUUGGAGCAGACGGUGGGCAGGAGCCCCAGCACAGACUGGGGGGUGCUCACAGCAGGGCCACCUUGAUACAGGCUGGAAUGUUAUCCCUGGGGUGUGCUUGGACCCCACCUGCUUUCUUUCUCUCCUGCCCCUCCCCUACUCUCACUGUAAUUUAUGGACCCUGCCCGCCUGCGUGUCGUGUGUAUGUCCUGUGCCUUUUCUCACUAUUGUUUGGGAGUGGGAGGGGGUGGUUUUUCACUGAAAAGGGGGAUACACCUAUGGCUUUCUUGAUGUUCAAUCAGUCACCGUGUCCCAGACAUAGGUUAUUCAAUAAACACAGAUUGGUACCACCCA